GAUGCGGUGCCGUAUCGUACCAAACCACGACAGUAUUCAGCGGCGAAGACCGAGUUUCUCCGCGAUUAUGGCAAUCAGCUUGAAGGGUUUGAGCUCGUUUACAGGAACAACCAGAGCCGGUGGGCAUGCGCAGCCAUUCCAGUUGGUAAGAAGGGACCGAAAGAAGAAUUUCGUUGCGCUAAUGACUACCGCCCCGUGAACAAGCGAACAGUCCCUAUUGCUGGAGCAAUGCCGAACCUGCUAGUGGUGAUCGCUAAGGUGAAAGGGGCCUGUUUCCUUGCCACUUUCGACCUUUUUAAAGGGUUCUGG